AAUUUUUUAUAAAAAUCUUGUUUCCUAGGAAUUCAUUCUGAACUAAGCUCUUUGACAUAGGUUAUAUCCCUGAGCUUGUGAGACUCUAUUAAUAUAUAAACAGAUUAAUAUACAAUAUAGUAGCUAUCAAUAGAAACAUAAUAGUAAUCUUCUGGAAUUAGAUACCAUCCCCUUGCUAUGGAAAAGCAAACUGAGGCUAUUGAAAAAGUGGUCAUCAGCCCAGUAUGAGACCCAAAGAGGCCAGGUUCAAACACUGGUCUCCAUGGCACACCUUUGCUUGCACUAAAUAUGGAAAGGUUACUGAGACCCUGAAAUGCACAAAUACGCCACAGAAAACAAACCAGUCCCCUCAACUACCCAAAUGUAAUCGAUGCUUCCAGACACCAGUGGACACAGAUAAAGGGAAAACAGAAAUGUUAACCAGUGCUCCUUUAAGUCAGGGGCUGUUAGCCACAUGUGCUGUGGAGCCCAAUGCAAAUGGGUCCUGAGUCACAGUGUUAGAAGUCAAGUGGUUAAAGAAAGGCUACCCUUGAGGCUGCCUGUUAACUCUGGCAAGUGAUUGGCAACAAGCACUGUUACUUGCAGAGCCAUUUCACCAAGCCAUCUUCUGUUUUGAGACAGGUUCUUGCUAAGUACUCCUAGCUGACCUGGCCUGGCCCUCACUAGGUAGAUCUGGCUGGCCUCGAACUGAAGGCAAUCCCCUUGCCUCUGCUUCCCACGUGCUGGAAUUACAGGCAUGAGCCAUAGAGGUUCUUACAUGUUUCAAGUAAUGCACAGUACUUGUCACAAGAAUUUUUGUUAAAUUAUGUGUAUGUCUGCACGGAUUCCCCCAGAGCUGGGUAAGAGGUGGGUGUAAGCCACCCAACCAAGGAACCUAAUGUGGGUUGUUUGCAACAAAGUACUCUUAACUACUGAGCCCUCUUCCCCUUUAAAAAAAAUUAAAAUGGCAAAAACACUCAAGUCUUCACAAAGAAAAUUCAACUUCUCUGUAUAAAGUGUUCAUAACCUAAUCUGAGUGUGAUGGUUGGUGCACACUUUUAAUCCCAGCACAGGCGGAUCUCUGUGAGUUCAAAGCCUGUCUAGUCUACAUAGCAAGUUCCAGGCCAGUCAGGGCUACACAGUGAGACCCUGUCACAAAAGAACAAAACAAUAAUGUAUAAGCUAAAACUGGGGAGUGGGGGGAUGCAUUGUCAUGUACUUUGAAGGGAGAGCUAAGUGUGGCUUUUUGGCGCCUAUUUCUUUUGCUUUCAAAGAACCCAAAAGACGAUCGAGGCCUUUGACUUCUUGAAUGAAAACAUUGAGGCCCUCUGAGAAACUCUGGAGAGCCCGGCGCUGGCGGGUACCGGGCAGCCCGAGGAGGGGGAGUGGGUGCGGCUUGCAGCUGCCGCGAGGCGCCGUUCGGGACGCGGGUAGACCUGGCCUGGCGAGGAGAGUCGGGUUUCAGAGGGGCGGGGGCGGGGAAGCCUCCCACGCAGCCCACGGCCCUCAGCCGGGCAGGCGGACACCCACCACGGGCGCCGUCGGGCCGCGGAACGAGUGAAGGAUGCUGGGAAGGAGGUAACAUGGCCACCGGCGGCGGCGCGGAGGAGGUACGGCAGCGGGCCCGGCCGCAGUCCCCGAUGCCUGCGCGGCCCGCCGCCCGCGCCGAGGAAGUCGAGGGCGCCCGCGAGAAGCUGGGCUGGGCGCAGGUGGUGAAGAACCUGGCCGAGAAGAAGGGCGACUUCCGUGAGGCGCGGCGGCGCGACGAGGAAGGCGGCGGCGCGGGCCUGGCGCCGCCGAACCCCGGCGACUUCCCCCCUGCCGGCCGCGGGGACUCAAAGGGCUGCCGGAGGGACCCGGCUGGCGAGGCUGCGGACGCUCGCGGGAAGAAGAGCGGGGGAGAGGCGGGCCGAAGGCCGAGGGCCGAAGCGGUGGCGGCCAUGGCGACCCCCGCCAGGCCCGGCGCGACAGACAACGCGGCCGAGCGGCCUGUGCUAGACGAGCCGCCAGCAGCCGGCCCGAGUAAGGGCCGCUUCCUAGUGCGCAUCUGCUUCCAGGGAGACGAGAGUGCCUGCCCGACGCGGGACUUCGUGGUGGGCGCGCUCAUCCUGCGCUCCAUCGGCAUGGACCCGGCCGACAUCUAUGCGGUCAUCCAGAUCCCAGGCAGUCGCGAGUUCGACGUCAGCUUCCGCUCGGCCGACAAGCUGGCCCUGUUCCUGCGCGUGUACGAGGAGAAGCGCGAGCAGGAGGACUGCUGGGACAACUUCGUGGUGCUGGGGCGGAGCAAGUCCAGCUUGAAGACGCUCUUCAUCCUCUUCCGGAACGAGACGGUGGACGUGGAGGACAUCGUGACCUGGCUCAAGCGCCACUGCGACGUGCUGGCCGUGCCCGUGAAGGUGACCGACAGGUUUGGGAUCUGGACCGGGGAGUACAAGUGCGAGGUGGAGCUGCGCCAGGGCGAGGGCGGGGUCCGGCACCUGCCCGGGGCCUUCUUCCUGGGAGCCGAGAGGGGCUACAGCUGGUACAAGGGGCAGCCCAAGACGUGUUUUAAGUGUGGUUCCCGGACCCACAUGAGUGGCAGCUGCACGCAGGACAGGUGUUUCAGGUGCGGGGAAGAGGGGCACCUGAGCCCUUACUGCAGGAAGGGCAUCGUGUGCAACCUCUGCGGCAAGCGAGGACAUGCCUUUGCCCAGUGUCCCAAAGCGGUUCACAAUUCUGCGGCAGGUCAACUGACCGGCGUGGCGGGACACUGAGCACCCGUCCACCUGUCAGGGUGUAUAGCACAGCCAGCUUAUCCCGCUUUAAGUGCCAAAACUUUUUUUUUAAACCCUUUUUUAUCUUUUAUGGAAGGAGAUAUUUCUAGAAACCCUAUCAGAGACAUCCUAUGCCUUUUUUAAACCGAGUGUACUCCGUUUCAGCCUGAUCUGAAAUGGUGAAUUUCACGAGGAGGACUGUUUAGGACUGUAGAGUGCAGGUAGACACCUUGCCACACCCCCUCCCUUAACUGCCCCCCCCCCUUUGGUGUGCUUUUGUUUUUGUUUUUUUACGAUUUCUUCCCUUGUACUUUUUACUACCUCCCCCAAUACGUUGUCUCCUUGGAUUUUCACCCUUUGGGCCGCCUUGUGCAUCACCAUUCCUCAACCGCAGUGCAGGGCCUGCACUCCAUCAAUGUUUGAAGAUGUUGUUGACUGUGACUUGGGUCAAGGGUGUGCACCUUUUGCAGCUCUUCCCCCAUGCCUUUUUAAUUUGCUGCUUCGAAUCUGUGUGGUCUGAGAAUUUGUAGAAACAAUGUUGUUUGAAGUGUAUGUAAUCUGAAUCAAUAAGCUCUAAGUGAUGGCGGAGGGCCCCUCUUGUGGCAUAAAAAAAUUUAAGUUCUUUUUGACAGCUCUUCUGUAACUCAGAAGCAUUUUUCUGAAGAAUCUUGGAACCUCAACUUGCCUGCUGGAAAAGACCUAAGAGGUGUUUUUUUCUUGUGGGGUUUUCUCUAGGGGGAGGUUUUUGGUUUUGUAUUUUGGUUUGAGACAAGGCCUUGCUGUAUAGCCCUGGCUGGCUUGGAAUUCACAGUGUAGACGAGGCUGGCUUCAAACUUGUAGUGACAUUCUUGCCUCUGCCUCCCUGAGGAGUGUUUUCAACCAGCCCCUUGGUUUUCCAGCAGAUGAAAUGGACCCAGAGAAAUUAAAGGGCUGGGUCCAAAUACACAGCUGUCUGGUACCUCAGUCAGCCCAUUGUAGAGUACCCUGACCCCAAACCCGGUGCUUGUCCACUACCUCUCACACUUCACAACAAUUUCCUCAACACUCAAGGCCCUGAGAACCAUCCAGAAGGCUUGGCAGAGACUUCACAGUACUUGGGAACUAGGGAAGGAACCAAGCAACAACGUUCUAGGCUUGCAGGCAUCUCUCCUUGGGGCACCACAUCUCAAGUGUUCCAGCCCCUUUCUGGCCCUUCCCCAUUCACUGUCACCAGUGAGAAAUCGUUCCCCUAAGUAAAGAAACCUACCAAAAGUUUACAUUUGCACCUCUGCCUCAGUUACUAGAACCCUAGAGAAGCUAGCGAGAGCUCAUCUGAAAACUUCAACCUCCAACCCUCAGGAGAAAGGUGGUUUUAACCUAGAAGUCAUGAGUGAGCUGUAAACUUGAACAUGUUUGUGGAAAACAGGCCAAGCCAGAGUGCCUGGAUCCACUAGCUGUUAAACUGCUUUUCUUUAAGUUUUUGUCUUACCUUCGCAUAUAUAUGUUUUGUUAUUUGUGGCUUAGAAUGUAAAAUCAAUCGUUAAGAUUUGUCCUGAAUAAAUAUUUAUCUUUUGUAUUA